AUGCACCCGGACGCUUUACUGACGCUCACCCAGCCAACAUGCCCCAGCCCGUUCCCCCCCUCCUGGAAGGACCUCGGCAAGUCGUCGUCCGACCUCCUCCUCAAGGACUACCCCACCCAGGGCACGUCACUGUGCGGGUGUCCUCAGCAUGGAAAGGAUUCCUUGUUUUCUUCAUAA